AAUGACAGUUCGCGUAGUAUGUAGCUGACACUUGACUCGAUUGAGAUUACAUCAACGGGGACAACAGUUUCGUGCAUUGGAAUUAAUUAAAAUUAGUUAUGUCAUUGUCUCGUUAAUUGGUGCAUUUCAAAUUGGUGAUUCGUUAUUAUACUAUUUAAUUGGUGAACGGAAGUAGGUUUCUGCUCGUUUUCUAGAGCCAGGGAUGUUAAUUUUUUUUUUUAACGAUAUUGUUUAAGGAACGGAUAUUUUUAAGAUAAAUAAUGAAGGGAUAAAGCAACAACCGGAAACAGACCAUCAGGCUAAGAAUGCGACGUAAAAAUAUAAACUUGACGUCAAUCGUGUGCCGAACGCUUCUAUUCCUUCAAGCGUUGCCUUUAGUGUUGUCAUGUAUAUACUUGUUGAACGGAUGGACUCCAAUGCCAAUUUUCAACCGGACGGCACGUGCCGACGUCGUCAUUCAUGGUCACGUGCUAAAGACGUAUAAGGAGAUUGAGCAUCGCACUGACGCCAUGACGUACACGUCAACAGUGAAAAUGCUCGACGUGUACAAAGGCAAGAAAUUGUUACGGAAUAUUCUGACACCAUCAGUGUCGCAAAAUAUUUACAAUAUAUCGAAUUUCGGUGAUAGAAAAAUGUGUUACGCAGAUGUUACGGAAGGAAAAGACUACAUUUUGUUUUUGACAACAUACAAGCAGCGUCUGUCGGCAAAGUAUGACGACAUUUUUGGAGCCUCGGCGAAGUAUUCUGACUCCAAUGCUCAAGAAGUGAUGCAGCAAGUUGGACAAGGCGUCGCUGAUUGGGCAGAAUGGACCUCUUGCUCAAAGUCAUGUGACGGCGGGCAACAAAACCGGAAGCGGAACUGUAGUGAAAUCACCGUUGACUGCGACACAAGCCUGAUGGACAGACGGUCAUGCAACGUGUUCUCUUGCGAAGGGCUACAUGACGUCAUGUCCUACUUGGGUGUAUACAAACUGCCCGUGGGCGUGUACCACGUGACCCAGCGUCCCGGCGCCUUUGACGUCACAAGCGCCGCCCGGCUGUACACUCCUUUCUAUGACAUGUUCGCGUACGGUCUACCUCGGUCUUUCUCUAUCGUAGCUUCCGUCAAGUGUCCAAACGACUCCAACGGGUAUCUGUUUACAAUCUGUGAUUCGAACGGUGACCUGCAGUUAGGUCUAGAAGUGGGGCAAAAUAAUACUGCAUUUUCUGUGACGUUUCACUUGAAAAGCGGAUUAUCUGAUGAGGCAUCUUUGUUAACGUUUUCUUACAAUGCCUCAGUGUCGGCAUGGAAACAGUUUGGGGUAAGCGUCCACGACGAUGUGUUGGAACUUCAUUACAACUGUGAUAAAAUAUAUAGCAUUAAACAUCGCGGCUUAUUAGGAAAACAGGGUAAAACGAACUUAAUGAUGUCCAUAGGGAAAUACAAGUCCUCUGACGAUAUACUGUUUGAAGGGGCGUUGGAGCAGCUUGUCAUCUCGGAAAACGUGCUUGCGGCCGAAGAGCAGUGCACGGCUGAGUUACGAGAUUCGCUCCAAUUAUUUGACCAGGACCGCGCAGUCAAAGACGAGAGCGAUAAUUUCAUAGAAGACAUCAGCAACGCCCUCUCGUCACCAGGAGCAGACGUCAUUACAGACGAUAAACCCGCUUCCGGUAUAUCCCCAUCGCCUCCAGCUCUCACUUCAGCCGGGUUCCCGGAAGGCGAGUGGACGGAAUGGUCCGAGUGCAGUCGCUCGUGCGGCCGCGGGGUGCAGGUUCGAACUCUGUACUGCGGCAACAACGUCAUCAGCGCCUGCUCGAGAGCUGGCCGGGACACGGAGCAGGCCCGGUGGUGUUACCUGGGACCGUGUCAAGUCGGCUGCCAGCCCCCAUGUGCAAACGGAGGACGCUGUCUACAGACGGGCGAGUGUUUCUGUCCACAGGGAUUCACGGGGCGCUCGUGCGAAACAGUACCAUGUGACCCUGCGUGCAUGAACGGAGGGCGAUGUUUUGCCCCGGGGCUCUGCCAGUGUCCCCAUGGAUACACGGGCCAGGCCUGUCAGUCAGCAAUAUGCGAUCCACCAUGCAACAAUGGAGGCCAGUGCAUACAGCCGGGUUUCUGCUCGUGCCCCUAUGGCUACAUGCCACCAACAUGUGAACCCAUCUGUAUGCAGUCGUGUCGUAACGGAGGUCGCUGUGUGUCGCACAACCAGUGCCAUUGUAAGGGAGGCUAUGUGGGCAGCGACUGUUCCAUUGCUGUGUGCAGGCGCGGCUGUUACAACGGAGGCAGGUGCACGUCUCCCGGGCAAUGCGCAUGCGUACACGGGUUCGUUGGCAGCCGGUGUCAUAAGCCGGUGUGCAGUCCGGCCUGUCAGAACAACGGGCGGUGCUUGUAUCCGGGCAUCUGUCAGUGCAAGAGGGGAUACAGCGGGCCUCUGUGUGAAACAGCCAUAUGUCGUAAGCCGUGUAAAAACGGGGGAGUGUGCAGCGGAAAUAACAGAUGCGCAUGUGCUGAUGGAUAUAGAGGGCGUUGGUGCCAUCGAAAGAUACUUUCAAACAAAUGUCGUCUGGCGUGUAUGAACGGAGGUCGAUGUCGCAAUAACAAAUGCUUGUGUACUGAGGGAUUUAAAGGAGAAAGAUGCGAAAAACAAAAGUGCCGCUUUGACUCCUAUUUGGUGCCUCACGUUGAAACGUACCGGAAGUUGGAACGCUUCGAAGUGGUUGCCCCUUGUGAGACGUGGCCUUGGACUUCAUGUGUAGAAACCAGGGUACAGUACGUGUUGGCCUCGAGAACAGUUUACCGGACGGAAUACAGAUGCCUGUAAGAAGAAACGUUUCGCAAGAAAAGAAAUCACCUUCCUAUAGUGGUUCUUGUGGAAAUUCACGUAGGAAAAAGAACAGUUUAUCGUACGGAAUACGGAUGCCCAAGGAUGACACGUGUCCAGUAAACGCAAGAAAUCGUCCCCAUAGUGUAGUGACUUAGUAGUGUGGUGCGUGAAAAAUUCCACGUGGUAAAUGAACAGUGAAUACAUAUCCUUAAAAUAUGGCACUUGGUCAAUAAAUCGUAAGAAAAAACAACCUAGUAAUGUUUGGAGAAAACUAAAUUUUAGAACGAACAAUUUAUCCAACUUAAUGCAGAUGACCGUCACAUAACAUGUGGUCUAGAAGCCCUCAGAAAUCCCGACACAUGUGAUAGUCAAGGGGGACACAUUAUCAAUCGUGAUAAAAAAAGCUGUCUAUUAGAUAGUCAAGAAGAUAAUCAACAUCGGAAAGUGGUGAAAGAAUGCACGAGAUAAGACUAACAUUCUAUAAACAGAUAUCAGAUACCAGUCAGUUAACGCACGGUCAAGAACAGUUUAUCGUCCAGAUAACAGGGUGCAGAAUCAACGGGGUUUUUAGGGGGUUACACGCGGGCUAGACAGAAUGAAAAUACACUGUUAAGAACUUUAUUUUUGAAAAUAUCUCAAGUUAUUGAAAUACAUUUGCAAAAGUCUUUAGUGCAUAAAAGACAGUUGUUUUCUUGCAGUUUGUGCCGAUAUCUUAAGGUAUACAAAUAAAUCCUUGAAAACGUCUGAAAUCGGUGACAAAAUUUCAGCUUGCGUAACACAUAGUCUUCCAGAAUACAUGGACUUUUUAAACAAAAACACAGGCUUAUUAAAUAAAGUAAUUCUGAUGUAUUUUAUAUUGCCAUAAGAGGCACAAAAAUCUGUCUUUUAUGCAUUAAUUGAAAUUCUUAAGAAAACUUGUUUUAAAAAUGUAUUUGGAAAGAAAGCAGCACUUACCGGUGUGUUACAUCCAAAAACGUUUAAUUGAGAAAACCCAACAAAGUCACGUGAUCCUGCACCCUGGAUAACUACGCGUGAGUCUUUAGAAAGAUACACAUGGGUAAACGAAUAGUUUGCCGUACGGAACACGUUGAUUGGAUAAACGAAUAGUUUACCAUACAGAACACUUUAUUGAUUUGAUGAACGAAUAGUUUACCAUACAGAACACUUUAUUGAUUUGAUGAACGAAUAGUUUACCAUACGGAACACGUUAUUGAUAUGAUAAACGAAUAGUUUAUCACACGGAACACGUUAUUGAUUGGAUAAACGAAUAGAUUACCAUAAGGAACACGUUAUUAAUUGGAUAAACGAAUAGUUUACCACAAGGAACACGUUAUUGAUUGGAUAAACGAAUAGUUUACCACACGGAGCACGCUUCAGAUUGGAUAAACGAAUAGUUUACCGUACGGAACACGUUAUUGAUGUAUGCUGAAUACGGGUAAAAUGGCUGUGGAUUUUAAAAUAUUGUCACAUACCGGGUAAUUCCUAAUUGCAGUUAUAUUAUUUUGUUAUCAUGAUUGACUUUAGUUAGAUACCUCAAUUUUUCGUACAUGAUAUGCAUAACAUUCCUGAUUUAAAAAUAAAGAGCCAGUAUUUAU